AUGUGCAGCUUCCUAGUAGCCAACUGGCUCAUAAGCAACCUCACCUACGCCAACUUUUUCCUACGAUUCCGAGGGCCAGAUGCAACAAACAGAUGGCAGGGCUACGGCUAUGACUUCGUGCACAACCUGCUCCACAUGACCGGUGAGCGGAUUCUGCAACCUUUCCGCCGCCCUGAGUUAGGCCUUGUGGCGCUCUUCAACGGAGAGAUCUACAACUGGCAGGAGCUGCCGGGUAAGGCGGGUUUCCGAUCCGAUGGGGAUGCUAUCCUCAGCGAGUACGCAAGUGAGGGCAGGCGAUUCGCGGGACGCCUCAAUGGCGAGUAUGCGAUUGUGGUUUUUGACUUCGGAACCUUGGCCAGGAGAAGUCAGUGGGACACCUUCGGGACAAAGCCGCUCUGGUAUGCGAGGAGCGAGUCGGGAAAAUUUGCCGUGGCCUCCUACGCCUCCGCACUUCGUCGGCUGGACUUUGCAGAUGAGGACAUCCGGCAAGUGGAGCCCAACAGCGUGGUGAUUUUCAAGAUGCCACAGCAUGGGGAGAGCCCCGCAUCGGCGGGGAGGGAGGGCCAGAUAGGGAGUGCAAAGUACAAGUUCACGGUGACACGCCUGGCCGUCUUUGAGUUUGACUUGAGACAGCACAAGAGCCACACAGACGACUGGCAGGCGGCUUUCCGGAAGGCAGUUCAGCGAAGAGCUGGCAUGAACAAGAUGGUCCCAGGGCGGGAGACUCCCGCCAUGUGUUUGAGUGAUGGCUAUGAUAGCGGCGGCAUCGCGCUUUCUCUUGGCAAGCUGGGAAUCCAGCCGGCCAUGUACACUGUACAAGCACGAGAAGACGUUGGGAUUCUGGUAGAGCGCUUCUUUCACUUGAAGCAGCAAGGCAUGAAUGCGACCUGGAAGCUCAGUCGCCUCUCCACAGAAAGCUUCGCGCAGGAGAAGCUUUUUUUGAGGGAGAUGGCUGAGCGUGUGGAGUACAAGCUGCGCCCGGGCUACGCCAACGUGGACGACAAGGCGGCAGCAGGCCUCUCCUGGAUCUAUCGCCAGGCUGCUGCCUCGGGUCAACGGUUGUUCCUGUCGGGGAGCGGAGCCGAUGAGUCCAUCUCGGACUACGGAAACGCUGGAAGAGCCCUUGAGUUUCACAGCACGCUGAGGGGAGUCUUUCCCUCCCACCUUUGGACCGUGUUUCCCUGGCUCAACUUCUUCCGAGGGACGCAGCAGGAUUACCUUGCCAAGGAGGAAAGCACGGCUGGUGCGCAUGGCGUCGAAGCACGCUAUCCCUUCCUGGACCGUAGCCUGAUUCAGGAGUACCUCUGGCUCAGCGCCGACUUGAAGAAUUCGCUGUACAAAGCUCCGCUUCAUCACUUGCUCGUGGCGGAGGGUUUUCCUUUCACCGCUGGCGUGAAGCGCGGCUUCUCUGCAGACCUCAACUUGGCGGGUGCCAAUGCAGAGGCUAAGGCCCAUGACCAGAAGAAGGACGACACAGCAAAGCUGCGAGGCCGGUUCUGGUCAUCCCUCGGCGUGGCCGGCAACAACACCGUCGUCGUAUCCUCCUGCAGCCAUUGCAGCGGCGAUGCUGCCAAAGAGGAGUGGGAGGAGAUGUCCAUGAGGUGGCAAGCGCUGGCUGCGGCGCCUCCGCAGGCGUUUGCGGAGGAAGUCAGAGCAACGGUGGACCAUUAUUUCCUCACCUACUGCGGCCCACUCUUUGUGAGCGUGGCCGAGUCAUUCGACCUCAACGGUGCAAACGCGGGUUGGGACUUCAUCAUGGGCCUGGUGGCUGUGGUGGGCGUGACUGCCAAGCUUCUGGAGGUGGUAUCCGCAAAGAUGCCAUUUCUGGAGUUUGUUCACUUUGAGGACCAUGACCCACUCCUCAGCGAUCAUGCAGAUCCUUUCGACGCGGAGAACUACCGGAAGCUCACAUACCAGCCCAUGAAGUUGUAUCAAUAUCUCUGGCUUUGGCGACACAAGCUCGUCCACAUCAAGGAUCCUGUCUACAGCUGCGCGUUGUAUGCCCCACGCGUGCAUCCCGAAGAGGAAGUUCCGAGCUGA